CCCGUUUUUCUCUCGGAAACAGGUUCGGACGGUACCGAUGGCAGCCUCGCAGAGGCUCGACACGAGAGACGGCUGAUUUUGGCAGACACGUGGGGUGACGUUCGACGGGCGGCUUUCUGUUUUCUCCUAAACUGCCGCCUAUGCUCCGCUUGAUUGAUUGUAGGUCACUCUUCAGCAUGUAUUUUAGCUGCUCCACCUGCUUUCUCAGAUUCUGCAGCUCUCUUCUCAUCACCGCCACCGAGUUUUGUAACUGGAGAAGAAGUGCCAUAUCAGCUGCUAGUGCGCAAUAAUUAGAGGUGGUGCGCUUUUAUUGGAAGGAAGAGCUACAGAGAUGCGGAGGUCGUUGCGUGGUAUCAAGAGGACGGCUGCUGAAGCCGGCACUGAGUUUAGCAUUAUCCUCCCGAAUAAGUUAGAUUCAUGGGCCAAAGUCAGCGAGAAUCUCCGCAAGAUAGUUCAGGGUGAAGUGCGGGACGUGAAGGGUUUCGAGAGGGUGUACACGAGCAUAGAAUCGUACAGGCCGAAAAUUUCCGAACCUAAAUUCGCGGGUCUGCGCCGCCUUCUUAGAGACGGUCUGCACGUGAGCGAGCGUCACUUUCUGGACACCCUGCUGCCGUGGAUAGCCUCAAAGGCCCUGGAAGUAGAGAGUCUGUUCCGUGACCAAAACUACCAGCUCCCACUCCUGGUGCAAGGUACUGAGGGAGAAGUGGUACUCACUCGCCUGCAGGUCUCCUGCCUCUUGGCUCUGGCGUUUUUCUGCACCUUCCCCCCUCCUUCCGACCGACACUUUCAGCACUUCUUGCUCACUCACUUCCUCCGCUCAAACUUCUCCCAGAGCCAGUGUAGCAAGCUGCUCUGCAUCCUCGCCUACUUUGAUCGCGUACGGCAAGCCGAGACAGAGAGGAGGCGAGAGUUUCUAGACCUCAAAAUCUCCAUCGAGCGACGUGGGAUUGAGAAACAAGACCCGGAGGUACUCUGGGGGAAAUGCAAUCGCCCCCUGUCGCAGUUCUCCUGUGAAGAAGAGGGAUUGAUUGAAGACGCUCACGGUGAUCUGCAGGUGGAUUUCGCCAACAGAUACAUCGGAGGAGGUGUGCUUGAAAUGGGAAAUGUCCAGGAAGAGAUCAGAUUCUCCAUCAACCCCGAGUGCCUCGUCUCCAUGCUCAUCUGUGAGGUCAUGUUGGACAACGAAGCCAUCCUAAUUAGAGGGGCAGAGCAAUUUGCCGAGUACAGUGGCUACGGCUCUGGGUUCUUGUUCACGGGGCCUCACACUGACAAAAACCCCACAGACGAACGGAACAUGAGAUGUGUUAGUAUAGUCGCUAUAGAUGCAGUGCCACAAGGGUAUGCUGAUCAGGACGAAUACGACGCGGCCACACUGGUGAGGGAACUAGACAAGGCGUACUGUGGUUUCAGUUUCGUUAUCGCCGGAGACGACAGGGGCAGUGGGGCUAUGAGACCGGUUGCGACUGGAAAUUGGGGAUGUGGUGCAUUCGGCGGAGACAGAGAGUUAAAAACGCUACAGCAAUGGAUGGCGGCUACAAUGGCGGGCCGACCGAUAAAAUACUACAGUUUCAGAGACAGCAGAUUUUCUGACGGACAGGCAAAAAUUGUAUCCCUCUUACACGAGAGGGAAGUCACAGUUGGCCAAUUAUACCAUAUCUUAGAGUCCUACUCCAAACUCACGGAAAGAAAUGGAGUUUUUAACUUUGUGGCAGAGAAACUAGCAGCCAGUUGACCAAUAAUUAUUAUUAUUCUAGGGGAUUGACUAUUACGAUUGUGUCACAACUCCAUAAAAUUGUGUGCCCUAUUUUUGAUAAAGAAAGGAAAAAAAUUGAUGCCCAACAGUUCAAUGUGAAUCGUCCUGUCUAAUAAUAAUACAGAUUGAAAAGAAGAAAAGAAGAAACGGUGUUCUACAGCUAACUCUGAGUUCUCCAUUUCCGGUGGAGUGUGUCCAUCCAUUCAGAAGCUCUCCUGGUGAGAGUGAGGUGAGGGUCGAGGGAGUUCAGACCAGGCUCCCCGUUCAGAGAGAGCCCUGCUAGACCCAGACACGUGUGGAGGGGGUCUUAGGAAGGGAGAGGUGGAGAAAGGACGAGGAGGAGGGUGAAAGAAUAGACAUCAGUUCUACCAACUUUUGGGUCAUUACAUCAUGGUUUAUUGUUUUCUAUCGUCUACAUAUAUUACCUAUUCCUUUAUAGCGUACUGUGUAUAUAUUAAACUUCAUUUUUUUCGUGAGUGACCUGCCUUGAACCAAUAUUAGACUUGGCCAACACUCACUGUAUGAUAGUGCCGCCGUAUAUACCUGGGUGACUCUCGGGCCAUUUG